GUAUAUUAGAUACACAACCCUGACUGAGAGGAAGUAUAAACUGUAUAUAAACAUAAUUAUAUAUCAAUAAAAAUAUAAUUAAAAAGUUUGUUUUUUCUCUAUAACUAGGAUUGCAAAUGUUAAUUUUAGAAAUAGUGUUUAAUGAUUUUUAAUAUUUAUUAUUAAUUCAUAAUGGCUAAUAUACCGGAAGCUAAGAUCAAUUAUGGAAAUCAGGAAACUGGCAAAUAUUCAAAAGACUGCAAUAUAGAGAAUGCAAUAUUGAAGAAAAAAUUGCAAUUAAAAACAGAAGCUGUGAUGGUUCUUAGUCAAGAGUUAGAUCAAUGUAGAACGCAACGUGAUCAAUAUAAAUUAAUGGCAGAACAAAUUCAAGAGAGAUUAGUUCAUUUAAGAAAACAAACAAAUGAAUCUGUAGGAUUAAAUGGUUUUAGGACAUUAGAAUCAUUAAUAGAAACUCAAGAGGAAAAUAAAUGUCUUCGAUUACAAGUAGAAACAUUGAGACAAAAAUUUAUUGACUCUCAAGCUGAUAUAAAAGUUUUACGAUCAAAUAGUCGUGCAUUUACUGAACAAAAAGAAUCUCAACUCGCUCCAGACGCUCAUCAACGUGAAGAAAUGAUUGAACAACUGGAGAAAUUAAAUAUCAAUUGUAGCCAAUUGAAAACUGAUUUGCAAUCAGUAUUGGACGAAAAACAUGAAUUGGAAACAGAAAGAGAUGCUUUUAAAUGUAAGGCACAUCGUUUAAAUCAUGAACUUUCGAAAGCCCUCAGUGCCUCUAAACCAGUCGAUGUGGAUUCUCUUGUCAAUGAAAAUCGAUAUUUACAAGAAAGGAUGCAACAAUUACUGGAGGAAAAUGAACUCAAUAGACAAUCUUUGUCAAAAUAUAAAGGUAUGUUGGACAGCAAACGAAUGAAAGGUUCGAUAAAACUUGGCGGAAAUUCGGCUGCUGGAACAGUAAUGACUCAUAAGCAAGUUGAACAAUUACUUCAUCAGGGGCCGAAUAUCACGCCACAAAAAGCUUCAGCUGCAAUAUCUGAUCUUCAUUGUCUUUGUGGUGCACUGCUUGAAGCAUUAAAUGACAAAGCUCUCGCUUUAUCUCAUCAAAAGAAAGCAAACAAAAUUUUAGCACUGAGAAUUUGUGAAUUAGACAACGCUGUUCAAUCACCAACAAUGAAACUCCUCGAAGGAUAUACAGGAGCAGACGUUGAUAUUGGUGACGAUUUUGAUUCUGACGUAUCAUCGAAAAAUAUGUGGAAUAAUGAAGAAGUAAACGUAAAAAAUUUAACAAAAACUGAAACUGUCGAAAAUUGUGAAUUUUCCACGAAAGAAAAAAAUAUUCCAUCGAAUUUACCACAAAAUUUACAAAUUCUUGUUGAAAAGGCAAUUAAUAAUUUGAAAGACAUUAACAAGUCGUAAAAUAUGAAUAUUCUCAUGUAUAGAGCUUGAAACUUUAUUAUUUCAUCGAUUUGCUUCUUUUGUUUUUUAAUUCUAGUCAUUUUAAUGCCAAUUUUAAAUUUUCCUAUUAUAUAUAUAUAAUAUAUAUAUAUAUAUAUGUAUGAAAACAUUCAAUGCAAUAAUUGUAUUUAAAAAUAAAUAUAUAUACAUAAUUAA